AUGAUUGUUUCAUGCAGUUAUAAUCGUACCUACACGACUAAGAAGGAAAUGCUGAGACGUUUUCGUAUUUAUAAACGUAAUCAAAGAACGGCCAAAUUUUGGCAGUCAAACGAGCUGGGUACAGCCGUUUAUGGUGAGACGCAAUACAGUGACAUGAGCCAAGAGGAAUUCAAAAAGCUGAUACUGCCGUACAUAUGGCAAACACCUCGUGUGCCUAGUAAGAUGGCUGAUUUUGAAGAGUUCGGUGUAUCUACCGAUCCAAUACCAGAUCAAUUCGACUGGCGUGAAAAGAAUGCAGUGACCGAUGUGAAAAAUCAAGGCGCAUGCGGUAGUUGUUGGGCAUUCUCCGUGACUGGUAACAUCGAAGGUGCAUGGGCGAUUAAGACAGGUAAACUGGUGUCUCUAUCCGAACAGGAACUGGUUGAUUGUGAUGUGGUUGAUGAAGGAUGUAACGGAGGAUUACCAUUGAAUGCUUACAAAGAAAUCAUACGCAUGGGUGGACUGGAAACAGAAAAGGACUAUCCGUACGAUGGUCGUGGUGAGCGUUGUCACUUGGUCAGACAGGAGAUUGCGGUCUAUAUAAACGAUUCAGUGGAAUUGCCCAAGGAUGAGCAGAAAAUGGCCGAGUGGUUGGUAGCGAAAGGGCCAAUCUCCAUCGGUAUCAAUGCAAAUCCGCUGCAAUUCUAUCGACACGGUAUUGCACAUCCUUGGAAGAUUUUAUGUUCGCCAACACAUUUGGAUCAUGGUGUACUGAUAGUGGGAUACGGUGUGGAGGGCGAUAAACCAUUCUGGAUCGUGAAGAAUAGUUGGGGAGCAAGAUGGGGUGAGCAGGGAUACUUCCGACUUUACCGAGGCAAAAACGUUUGCGGCGUACAACAAAUGGCGACCAGUGCAGUUAUUCAUUAA